GCUUUCUACAAGUUUGUUUAUCCCUGGCGGCAUAUUGAAUGUACUCAAAUGACUGGAAGUUUGUCUCGUUAUAACAUAUCUGUUGUCGAUGGCUUCGUUCGAGAAAGCACAACAUUCAGAGAAUUGAGCAGUAAUGCAAAAUGGAUACUGGCUGACAUACUUUCCAUAACAAACGGAGACUUGGCAAAAACAGCUUCAUAUCUGGACAGUCUCUUAAACAAAACUCAAAUGAAAAUAAAACUUCUUUCGAGUGGAAAUAUGAGUGACGAAGAAUUUUACACAGAACUUAUGAAGCUUAAAACUGAGCAGAAGGACACUGUCGACAUAAUUGAGAAGCUUUACUUCAGUUCUGGUAAAGUUGAUAUGGAACAAAACGAUGGUAAUUUUUCGGAAGAACUUAAUGAUAAAGAUGUGUCAAAGGAUUCACUGAGCAAUCAGCCUAAUAGCUCUGAGAGUGUAUGUUGCAUCUGUAAUCAAAGUAGUCAUUUACAUCAAGAAGAACCUAAAUCUAGAUGUACUGAAAAGAAUUUUGAAUUUUCUAGAUCGAGAGAAUGCAAUGUCCCGGAGACACAAAGCGAAGAAUGUGGGUGUUCAAAAAUUGAAAUUGAUGAAAAUAAAACAACCACUGACAACCACCGCAGUAAAAAUUUUGUUUUUGAGUCUAGUCCAUCAGUCAAAUCUUGGAGACACCAUAUUACUGUACCGGAACCCUUUGAAAUGACAAAACGAGAGGAAUCUUUAAAACGUACCAAAAAUCUACAAAGUGAAAACAGGCGUUCACAACCUGCCACUGUUCAGGAUAAUGCUAAUAUGCAUCUCGGCAGACCAUUUAAAGCUAAGCCAGUACCUUCACAUGUGUAUUUGCCAUUAUAUGAGAAAUUACUGGAAGAUACUACUCUUAGACGUGAAGCUGUCAGAGCGUAUCGCAAAGAAAUCUUAAAAUCAAUCGAAAAACCAUUUAACUUUACCAUUAGAGAGAACCUUAAAAAAGAGCAGAACGACUUUAGUCAGGAAAAGACUGAGCAAGAAAUGAACUUCGGCUCUGACAAGAAACUUUUACAUUCUAAAGAUGAUGGACCUCCAGACCCUUUAAAUUUGCCAUCACAGUUAUAUGAAAAAAGAUUUGAACGUAUGCAAGAGGAUUUACUUUUAAAACAAAUUAAACGUCACCUACGUGCCCAAAGACUAAUACAGUCGGCUUCUCUACCGCCAGGUAUGGAGGAGCGACAACAUCGUAUGAAUCUGAGGAAGCAAGAAAGAAAAGCUAGAGAUAAAAGACUUAAUCGAAUUUCUGUUCUUGAUUUAGAUAAACCAGAAACAGAACAAAAACAAUAUCAUUACUAUCAUCCAGCUCCGGAUUUUAAGCAGUUACACUGGAAAUCUAAUAAAACACUUCGACGUUUAUGGAAGCCACCGCCAGAGCCAACUAGACCGAAAUCAUUUAAAUUACGAACAAGUGAACGUGCUAAUUCAGUUGAUCGUCGUUCAUUAGAAAUAAGUAAGAUGAAAAGGAUGGAAGAAAAUAUUUCUCAUUCAAUUGUGAAACAACCAGUUUUAGAUUCUUCAAUUCCACCGGCCUUAUCAAGAUCAACUUUUCUUCGUGAGAAUUAUAUUAGAAAUUCACUGGCUAAAGCAGAUUUAGAUGCAAAAAAGAAAGAAGAAACAGAAUAUUUAAGAAAAAUGAAACAGAAAGAAGUGUCCAAUACAAUGAAAGAAACAUUAGGCGGACAAAUCAUAUCACCUAAACAACUUAUCAAUUCAAUUACUGAAGAGCGUAAACGUCAGUUAGUUCAAAAUGAUUUAACUCGUCAAGCAGAAUAUCAACGUGAAUUGAAUGCAAUUCAACAACGUGUUGCAUCUAAACCAUUGUUGUUAACAAGACAAAGUCAAAUUGUAGCUCGUAAACGUGCUGAAGCAAAAUUUGAUGCAUCUAUCCAAAAUGCUGGUUUAAAUUUAGAGGAAAUAUUUGAAAAAUGUCAUGAAACCAAUGAUAAAAAAACAACUGAUAAAAAAUCUAUGACAAAAGUUUCUGUAGAAGCAUAUGACCCAAAAAAUCAUUUUGGUGACCUAGGAAACAACUAAAGCAAUAUGAAAUUGGCAUAUAUAAUUUUACAUUUUUACAAUAAACUUUUAUUGACCAUUUAAUUAUUCAUCUAACCAUUAUUUAUGAAUUGUAUCCUUGUAAUCAUGGACAGAUAGAAUUUAUGACUUAUAUUCAAUUUGAACAGUAUAAGUAAUUUUAUGCAGAAUAUCAUUAUACAUCUUAUUUAUCAAGAUUUUAUUUUGGUCUCAAUAAUCUUUCAUCAGUUUAAUGGGUUUUUAAAAUUACCAGUCAUACAUUCCCUCCUGUUGUGUCACAAAAAGCUUUUGAGGUUUAUUUAACUACUUGUAAGUAGGCAAAAUAACAAGAUUCAAAUUGUGAACAUCAAAUUUAUCACAACCGGAAAUCUAUAAAGAUUUUUACUGUUAUCAUACCGACUAAAUGGAAAAAUCUUGGAAAUUUUUUUAUAGAAUUGUACUAUCCAGUGUGGGUGUUUUCAACAUCUGAAGUUUAUUUUUCUCUGCUGAAAUUGGCCAAAAGUGUGAUGUGAAAAUCUAUCUACAAGUGUUCGUCGUAGGUUUUCAAGUGUUUAAGAAAUGAAAACGACUUUAGUUUGAGAUAAAUUUAGAAAUAAGUAAUUUGAGUGUGUGAUCGUUUCUCGGAUUUUACUAAAAAAAUUUCUGUUGUAAAAUACUUUGUUCUUAUUGACAUCUGUUAAUCUACAUCCACAAUGGGUACUACUGUUUGUAAAUUUUUUCCUCUAUUUAGUUGUGUCAAAUAUACAGUUAUAUAUGACG